AAAUGAUCAGUAUUAAUAUAUCCACUAUAUAAGAGAAUAGAGAAGAUGGUUUAAUAGAAUUUAUUUAUUUUUAGUAUAUCCUGAUCCACACUCCAGUCCAGUCGGUGGCGGUAAUGCUACCAUAAACACUAAAGAAUAAGAAAAAGUUCUACAAGGGGCUGCGUCCAAAUACUGCCUUCGGAGGUGGUGAGGAGAAAAGGGCUCUGAAGACUUGGGUGUAACUUUAACUAGUUAAAAAGGAUUUCACACAGCUUUGCUUUGUCUGAUUUGAGGGAAGAUAACGUUUCCUACGUCAAGAUCGGGAAGUUCGAGUCUCGCGCAUGCCUGGAUGAUUAACGGCUUCGUGUGUUUCAUUGAGCGGAUGUGAAAAAUAACGGUUUGAAGAGAAUAAGUGGACCAGACGUCGUCAGCGAGAUAUUCAUACGAAUGAUCAGAGCAUAAACCUGAUGGAACUGGAAGAAACGUCAUUAUCACAUAAUUCCACAAUCGCAGAAAAAUCUCCUGGUUGCUUGCAGAUGAAAAUGACUUCAUUUCCAAAACAAACAGAAAAGCAAAGAACAGAAGCCACUAAAUCAUCAACUUGCACUCAUUGUGGAAAGGGUUUUAAAAGUAAAGGAGACCUUGUGAAGCACAUACGAAUCCAUGCUGAAGAAAAAACGUUCACCUGCCCUGACUGUGGAAAGAGUUUUACAAGCAAACGUAAUCUAACCGUCCACAUGAAAACUCACACCGAAGAGCGUCCAUACCCAUGCCCGCAGUGUGGAAAGAUUUUCAAAAGAAGUAAUCAUCUCACGGUCCACAUGAGAAUUCACUCUCAAGAACGCCCAUUCCCAUGUCUUCAAUGUGAAGAAACCUUCACAAGGAAAUAUCGUCUUAUAGAUCACAUGAGAAUUCACACUGGAGAGACUCCAUACCAAUGUCUUCAGUGUGAAAAGACAUUUAGCAAUAAAGCUAGUCUAAAGGUCCACAUGAAAGUUCACACUGGAGAGCGUCCAUACGCAUGUCUUCAGUGCGAAAAGAAAUUCAACAGGAAAGAUUGUCUAUCAGUCCACAUGAAGAUUCACACUGGAGAGCGUUCAUACGCAUGUCUUCAUUGUGAAAAGACAUUUAACAUGAAAGGUCGUCUCACAGAACACAUGAAAAUUCACACUAGAGAGAGUCCAAACCCAUGUCCUCAGUGUGGAAAGACUUUCAAAAGGAAAGAGGGUCUUGAAGAACACAUGAAAAUUCACACUACAGAGAGUCCACACCCUUGUCUUCAGUGUGGAAAGGGUUUCGCACAGAAAAAGUAUCUUAUGGUCCACAUGAGGGUUCACACUGGAGAGCGCCCAUACCCAUGCCUGCACUGCGAAAAGAGUUUCACACGAAAAAAUAGUCUCGUGGUCCACAUGAGAACUCACUCUGGUGAUGUACACCCAUGUCUGCUGUGUGGAAAGAGUUUCGCAAGCAAAAGUGAUCUAUCAGUCCACACAAGAAUUCACACCGGAGAGUGUCCAUACUCUUGUUCUCAAUGUGGAAAGAGUUUCACGCAGAAAACUCAUCUUAGAAUCCACAUGAGAACUCACACUGGAGAGCGCCCAUACCCAUGUCUUCAGUGUGGAAAGAGUUUCAGAACCACAAGUUCUCUAACUGUCCACAUGCUAAUUCACACUGGAGAGAAGGCAUACCCGUGUCUUCAGUGUGGAAAGACUUUUAGACACAAAGCUUAUCGAUCAAUACACAUGAUAACUCACACUGGACAGCGCCUAUACCCGUGUACUCAGUGUGAAAAGACUUUCAGGAGCAAAGGUCAUCUAAAUGUCCACAUGAGAAUUCACACGGGAGAGCGCCCAUACCCGUGUCUGCAGUGUGGAAAGACCUUUGCGCACAAACCUAGUCUUACGAUCCACAUGAGAAUCCACACCGGAGAACGUCCAUACCCAUGUCUUCAGUGCGGAAAGGGUUUCAGACACAAAAAAAGUCUUGAGGAACACGUGAGGAUUCACACCGGAGAACGCCCAUACCCAUGUCUUCAGUGUAAAAAGUGUUUCAAACGCAAAAAAACUCUUGAGGAACACGUGAGGAUUCACACCGGAGAAAGCCCAUACCCAUGUCUUAAGUGUGGAAAGACAUUCACAAGGAGAGGUGAUCUUGCAGUCCACACGAGAGUUCACACUGGAGCACGCCCAUAUGCAUGUCUUCAGUGUGGAAAAUGUUUCAAACAAAAAACGACUCUUGAAGACCACAAAAGAAUUCACACUGAAGAGGGUCCAUGCUAGACGUGUGUCAGUUUUCGGUAGUAACAAAACUGAAGAAGAAUGUAUAUGAUCUUUUCCUUUGUGACAACAUGGCAAGGUGAAGACUGUAAUCAGCAAUCAGACCAAUUGCUUUUGAAUGUGUGCAAGGGCCUAAAGCAAACUUUUGUCCCAUCUGCUAUUAGCCAGUGACUUUUUUACAGGCUAUUAUAUUAUAUAUGCAUACCAGUUGUUUGAACAUUUACAACCUUAUCCUGUAGUGUUUAGUAUCAUUUAGUAGUGUUUAAGUUUAGUUUAUCUUUUGUAAAAAAAAAUACCACUGUUUCUACAAGUUAGCCAGAUGCUUUGCAGCAAUGAUGCUUCAGGUCUACUUUCAGCAAUGCGAGCACGUGCUGCUCAUGUGUUGUGUGAAUGCUUUAAAGAAGCAUUGAAUUAAAGAAUACAUUUUAACUUCAUUUUUGUUAUAUAGACGGAUGCACGUGCGCUGACGCGAUACACGUCUGGAUCCAAACUUUACUUCCGGUUUUUUUAUGGUCUGACUAGUUGCUAAACGGAUCUCUUGAACAAAUGCCUCAUCGGAAAUAACAAAUGUUUUGGUUUUCUAGGUAAUCCAUGUGUUGUUUUUUUCCUUGUUAUAUAAAUAAACAAAAUUUUAAGAACUUUGUUAUUAUUUAUUCUUAGCGGAGUUUACCAGAAGUUACGUGCGGACCACGACAGCCGUUUUUUCAUGUUGUUACUGCUGAAACCGUCUAUAAGAGGUCAUCGUACUUAAACUAAACUUAAUCCUGCAAGUUUCAGAACUGAAAACGUCCUCGUUACUUGCACCAAGCCCAGAAAACGGCUAUAGCACUCUUCACACAGACAUUCUGGAAAAUACACGGAAAAUGCAUCCUGGAUUCUUCCGGGAUCGUUUGAUUUUUCUUGUUCACACUACCCUUUAUUUGCCGCAUCUGCAAGGUCCCGGAAAGACAAGUGACCUGUUUAAAGUCCUGCACUAUCUUCUACGCAGCGUCUGAAGUUUGCAUAUUAUUUGUUAUUUCUCUCUCCAGAAACCACUCGCGUGCAUUUUUGUUUAUGAUAAGAUUAUAAAGGAGCGCGUGACGCGCCGUUCUAAUGCUGGUGAAUGAUCUUAACUUCAGAGUGGAUAUUUGACAAGCUCCCUGAUCUCUGCUUUAAUACAGUUUUCAGACAUUUCUCAUCGUGAUUGUUUAUAUGCAUUUAAAAACCCCAUUUUGAGGAGCUGAACAAUAUAUCUUGUUGGGAGGAGCGCGGAGAUUUUCGUUUAUUACAGUUGAAAUGAGCAUGUGACGCGAUAUUCUUU